UCUGGAAAACAUCUGAAUCAUUUUAUAACCAAAGCCAGCUGUUGCACAAGUCAAUGCAUGCGUGUGAGUGAGUGUAUGUGUGUGUGUGUGUGUGUAUUCGUUUGUAUGAGGAAGAGGGAGAGAGUGUGAGUAUCUGUUCGCUUUGCUCUCCAAAAAGGAAAGAAAGAAAGGGGAAAAAAAACGCUUGGACGUCGUUUUCCUCCCGAAACUUUUUUUUUUUAGGAAUGAACGCCGAGACGUGCGUUUCAUACUGCGAAAUGACAUCCAUGGAUUCAUAUUAUAGCCCAUCUGCACCGCAAGGUAGGGAUCACCAGGCGAACCCUUUCAGGGCAUUCCAGGCGAGUGACACCAAAUACAGCCCCGCUUUCCUGACCAACAAAGGUCAGGCGUUCGGGGAAAAAUCUGGGAGCCCGUUCCAGCAGGAAUGCCAGUCAUUGGAUGCCACUGCUGGGGAAGGCACCUUUAACAAAUACCACCUCUUCAUGCAGAGGUCCUCCUGCAAAACUCCCCCAGACAGCAGCAAACUCCAGCAGGAAAGCGGACACAACGGAGGGCUCAUCGCGUGUUAUGGUAAAGACAGCACAGGGCUAACAGAUUCUGAGUUACCCCAAAACAGUGAUCCUGCAGGGAUGGAUGGCAGCUACCUCAGUGUAAAGGAGUCAGGAGUGAAAAGCCCUCAGCAGCCAAACUCAGAGCUGGCUUCUCCGUUAGACAAGGCCGAAGGAGAGAGCAACAAGGGCAAGAAAAGACGCAACCGUACCACCUUCACAAGCUAUCAGUUAGAGGAGCUGGAGAAAGUCUUUCAGAAAACACACUAUCCCGACGUCUACGCCCGGGAACAACUCGCACUGAGGACUGACCUGACAGAAGCUCGAGUACAGGUGUGGUUCCAAAACCGCAGAGCCAAGUGGCGGAAGAGAGAACGUUUCGGACAGAUGCAGCAGGUCCGGACACAUUUUUCCACGGCCUACGAAUUGCCCCUUCUCACUCGGCCUGAGAACUACGCUCAGAUUCAGAACCCUUCUUGGAUAGGCAGCAGCAGUGCGGCGUCUCCGGUGCCCGGCUGUGUUGUACCCUGCGACUCGAUCACUUCCUGCAUGCCGCCUCAUCCACAUGCUGCUAGCGGAGUGUCUGACUUCUUGGGUGUGCCCAGUCCUGGAGGUCACAUGGGACACACACACAUGGGCAGCUUGUUUGGGAGUCCAGGCAUGAGCACUGGCAUUAAUGGGUACGAUCUAAACAUGGACCCCGACCGGAAAUCCUCCAGCAUCGCGACCCUGCGAAUGAAAGCUAAAGAACACAGCGCAGCCAUCUCUUGGGCUACAUGACUCCCCCAAGUUCAGGACAUUAUCUCGAAGUCCCUCAACAAAUAAAAGAAGGAGGAGCAAAUGUGAACAUCAGUUAGCCACAAAAGCAUGACCUGGGAACAAGGAGUGCAUGGAUUGACAAAGAAAAGAAAAAGUAAUAGAGAUACCAGGAGAUUUAUUUCCAUUUGAAGUCUAGAGAGACAAGAGAUAAUAAAAAUGAGAAUGUUCUGGCUUUGAAACAAGAAAGAAAUACAAGAAAGAUGACAGAAACCUGACAUCUGAAUGCAUACAAGAAUUAAAUGAAAAAGAAAAAAUGAAUAGAAAAAAACCCCUGCACUUAUCCGCAACUAGUGUCCCAUUUGUAAACAUACAUAAAUUUAUCUAAACGCAUCUGGCUUCGUUUUCAUCUCAGCAUAAUCAAAACCUGUUCAAUUCUUGUUCUGUCACAGACUCCUUUUCCAAAUAUGCCAUCUCUGCCUAGACAGUUCCAAAGGACUGACAAUAGAGUUUCUUACAGUAAAAAUUUUCCUAUUGUAGGCUUUAUCCAAACAUAUAUGCAGCAGUAAUCGGGGGAAACUGAACUUGCUUUUUAUAUUAACUCCCCAUUGACAAAAUCCCUCAUUGAUCACACCUACAUUGAUUAGUUUGUUCAUAUUAAUUCCAUUGGUCUUGUAGAAGUCUAUCAACAAUUUGAGAUAAGUACUACACUUCAAACACUUGAGCAAAAGUCUGUUAGGAGUUGCGCAUCAGGCAUGGUAGACUUAAGAGGGCCAGAAAAGACAGACAUAACUGUCCCACAGGUAACUAGGCACUCAAAGGAGGCUUCCACUUGCUUUGAUGAAUUGUGUGCCCCCCAGUACCAGUAGUCUCAGGAAAAAAAGGAAAAAAAAAAACAAGUGCAAUCUGCUAACGCAAACCCAAUGUAAUAUAGUUAAUCACUGUCUAAUUACAGGAGGUAGUCACUAUCCACACUGCAAUCUAUCUUUCUCUUCUUUGCAACCACAUUUAUAUUUUUUUCUGGAAGAAAAAGUCGUUUUAAAGCCGUUUGGGAAGAUUUGACAGCCGCAUACUCAAUACAAAUCUUGGAUCCGUCAUACAGACUGUCAAAUUGAUUGUCAAACAUAACUAAGAAAUACAAUCUACAGAGAAUGAAGGAUGCAAAAAUAGGUUGAGAACGUUUUCUUUCUUUGUUUUGAAUAUCACGACACACUUGCAUUUUUUUCAGCGAGCAUUGGUGCC